AUGCACUCGAUGCCGGACCAGACGUAUCAAGGCAAGUUUUCUUGUGACGCGCGUCUGCCAGCAUGCCAAAACUGCCACAAGUCUGGCCUCUCGUGUUCAUUCUAUGAUGAUGUGCUGCAGCAAGAUGUUCCGAGGAGUCACAUAAAGAGCCUUUAUGACCGCAUCGAGGAGCUCAAAUCCAUCGUUGCCGUCCACCACGCGCACGCCCGGAACCCCGACAACACGUCUUCACGCCCCACAGAUACGGGUUCCGCAUUCCAAUUCGUCUUGCGCUCCCGCAAUGGCACCCUUUUCCUCGAACAGUCUCCUCCAGUCAUCAUUGGCGAUGCUACCGUCCGCAAGCUUCUUGACCAGGGUGUCACUAUCGAGUCGCCUUUCUUGCUCCCUGGGAGUCUCAACCCGGAAGAGGAGGGCAUCAAUGUUUUCUCAGCAUCCAGGCUCGACAGGGGCUCACUAUCACCCAGCACAGUCCGGCUGUUACUCGCCCAUUAUGCACGAUGCAUAGAGCCAGCUCUGCCGGCCAGCGUCACCCUGCCCGAGGAGAGCGAGGCGAGCCUCAAGCAGAUGGCUGAGGUAGACAGGUGCUGUGUGCUCCUUGCCUGCGCCAUUGCUGCCACCCAUAAGAGUUACUAUGUACCAUCUUGGAAGGUCGUGGCCACUACGUGUCGUGAGUGGGGCGGUGAGCUUGCCGCCCAGUUUGUGACGGGGCCGAAUGAUUACAAUGUGGUCAUUUUGCUGCUCCUCAUCAUAUACGAGCUUGCGGAUCCGGAGCGAGGUCUCAUAUGGGAACUGUUAAGCUUUGCAACCAGGUCCUGCCUAGAACUCGGCUGGCAUCGAUUGGACGACCAGGCCGUCCAUCCACUGCCGGGGCCCACAUUACCGGCCACCUCUCAAGCGAGGCGGCUACCGCCAGAGACCAAGAAGAGGACGCUGUCUGUUCUGAUCCACAUUGAGAGGUGA